AUGCACACAGGUGUCGUCUUUAUAGGAUGCCUUUGCUUGGUGUGCUUCGCCAUACAACUCCUACCGGUGAUCUCAGUGCCUUUAACUGGAGCUUCUAUCAACUACAAUUUGCAUUUCUCUCUGUACAACAACAUCACAUUUGGAGUGUUUGGUGUUUGUGAUAUUGUCGAGAAUAAGUGCUCUAAAGUGGCCAUAGGGUACCCAAAGAAUACAUAUGAUGAUGCCUACCAGGACUUCAACCAAGAACCGUACGAUGAAGAUUUCUUUUCACCUGUUUCACUUCCGUCAGGCGCCACUCAUCUGAUAUCGAAAUUAUUGGUAGUUCAUAUUGUUGCGUUUAUUCUAACUGGCAUAUUGACUUUGGAGUGUAUUUUCGUGAUGUUGAUCACGCAUGUCGAUAAGAAGUACCCAGGGGCUCCAGUUUGGGUAUUAUUUCAAAGAACAAAAAGCAAAUAUAAAGUAGAUGGCGAAUCAGCUGACGGUGCCAAAAGACAGAGGCCAAAGAGAAACUUGUUGGGCCAUUUUUCGUGGAUGCUCUUGCUCAGCGCACUAUCGUUUUUGCUGACGCUUUUGGCAUUUCUUGCGGACAUUAUCUUGUUCAUUCCACGGCUCAGCUUCCUUGGAUGGAUUCAGUUGCUACCUAUAGCGCUUAUGGCGCUCAUAGCUUCGCUCCUUUGUUUCUUGAAGCGGUCCAUACUGUCGAGAAGGCACCUAGACGAGGAGUACAAAGGUAAGAAUGAUGAUAUGCGCAACAACGGCGUAAUGCCACGCUGGAUCGACGAUUCUGCGUCAGACGAUGGAUUUUACGUAUUUACCAAUGGCUUCUAUAGUUCGGGACAGGGGCCAGACGACGAGGUGGACGCUAGAAGAUCUAGCUCAUUACGACAGACUAACACCAAUCACUCUUUACGAAAUUUCAACACAAACAAUUCAAUAGACUCGCACGAUGUGGGCGAGCUGAUCGAGCUACGACGCAUGGAAUAA